GUCACAGCCACGCGUCAGUACAAUAUUAGCAGCCUCGCGUGUCGAAGACGGGGCCAAACAAGGAACAAAGCCGGCCACCAGCGGCGAACUCAACUACUAGCAUCUUCUUCUCCAUCUGCGUCUACACCGGAAGCUUCGCAAGAGGGUUUGGCGGGGAGGCGAAGAGGAGCGGAGGUGAUGGCGAGGGAGUCGCCGUUCCGGGCGGACGUGCUGAGGGGCAAGGCGGCGCUGGUCACCGGCGGCGGCUCCGGCAUCUGCUUCGAGAUCGCCUCCCAGCUCGCCCGCCACGGCGCCCACGUCGCCAUCAUGGGCCGCCGCCGCGAGGUCCUCGACAAGGCCGUCGCCGCCCUCCGCUCCCACGACCUACGGGCUGUUGGAUUCCAGGGAGAUGUCCGCAAGCAGGAGGAUGCAGCGAGAGUGCUAGCGUCCACGGUUGAGCAUUUCGGCAAGCUUGACAUUCUUGUCAAUGGUGCAGCCGGCAACUUCCUUGCGUCCCCAGAGGAUCUGACGCCCAAGGGAUUCCGAACAGUUCUUGACAUUGACACUGUGGGUACGUACACAAUGUGCUAUGAAGCUCUGAAGUAUUUGAAAAAAGGUGGGCCAGGGAAAGGCCCCUCCACUGGUGGCCUCAUCAUCAACAUAAGUGCGACAUUGCAUUAUACUGCGGCUUGGUACCAAAUUCAUGUCUCCGCGGCUAAGGCAGGUGUUGAUAGUAUCACAAGAUCACUUGCUCUGGAGUGGGGAACAGAUUAUGAAAUUAGGGUCAAUGGAAUUGCACCAGGGCCAAUUGGAGGCACUCCAGGAAUGAGGAAGCUUGCACCUGAUGAAAUGGGAAAGGGGAAAAGGGAAAUGAUGCCUUUAUUUAAGUUGGGGGAGACACGGGACAUCGCAAUGGCUGCGCUCUACCUGGCUUCUGAUGCAGGCAAAUAUGUAAAUGGGACCACACUAGUUGUUGAUGGAGGUCUUUGGUUAAGUCAUCCUCGCCAUGUUCCCAAGGAGGAAGUGAAAGAGCUCUCAAAGGUGGUCGAGAAGAAGGUUAGGGCCUCUGGUGUUGGGGUGCCAUCCAGCAAAUUGUGAUGACAUCCUUGGUUUAUGUCACUACAUAUAUAUCAUGUAACAUCCUUCGGUAUUGUUGUCAGCGUGAACUUUAUUGUAUUUGUGACUCUUGUAACUUGUGUUUGAACGAGGAAGUUGGAUAUUCACCUCAGUUAUUAUUUUUAGAUUAUGCUAGUGCUAGAAGUAUAAAGAGUGAUUGAUUUGGUAUCCCA